AUGGAGGAAGGAGAAUCUUCUCAUUACCCUCUUCACAACCUCUUCACAACCACUCCUCAACCUCUUCACAACCACUCCUCAACCUCUUCACAACCACUCCUCAACCUCUUCACAACCACUCCUCAACCUCUUCACAACCACUCCUCAACCUCUUCACAACCACUCCUCAACCUCUUCACAACCACUCCUCAACCUCUUCACAACCACUCCUCAACCUCUUCACAACCACUCCUCAACCUCUUCACAACCACUCCUCAACCUCUUCACAACCACUCCUCAACCUCUUCACAACCACUCCUCAACCUCUUCACAACCACUACUCAACCUCUUCACAACCUCUCCUCAACCUCUUCACAACCACUACUCAACCUCUUCACAACCUCUCCUCAACCUCUUCACAACCACUACUCAACCUCUUCACAACCACUCCUCAACCUCUUCACAACCACUCCUCAACCUCUUCACAACCACUCCUCAACCUCUUCACAACCACUCCUCAACCUCUUCACAACCACUCCUCAACCUCUUCACAACCACUCCUCAACCUCUUCACAACCACUCCUCAACCUCUUCACAACCACUACUCAACCUCUUCACAACCUCUCCUCAGCCUCUUCACAACCUCUUCACAACCACUCCUCAACCUCUUCACAACCACUCCUCAACCUCUUCACAACCACUCCUCAACCUCUUCACAACCACUCCUCAACCUCUUCACAACCACUCCUCAACCUCUUCACAACCACUCCUCAACCUCUUCACAACCACUCCUCAACCUCUUCACAACCACUCCUCAACCUCUUCACAACCACUACUCAACCUCUUCACAACCUCUCCUCAGCCUCUUCACAACCUCUUCACAACCACUCCUCAGCCUCUUCACAACCUCUUCACAACCACUCCUCAACCUCUUCACAACCUCUUCACAACCACUCCUCAACCUCUUUACAACCACUCCACAACCUCUUCACAACCACUACUCAACCUCUUCACAACCACUCCACAACCUCUUCACAACCACUCCACAACCUCUUCACAACCACUCCACAACCUCUUCACAACCACUCCACAACCUCUUCACAACCACUCCUCAACCUCUUAAUUCACAACCUCUUCACAACCUCGCCUACAAGUAUCGACACAAACACUGCUGCACUUGCUCCUGGUAUGUCUAGUGAUAAGAGAGAUAAUGAUAACAAAAGUAUAGUGAAGUAG